AUGGGUCUCUCUCGAUUUUUCAAUCUUGUAUCAAAACCAUCCAAAGAGCCCAUCAAUUCCUUCCUUCCGUUCCCCAAUCUUCGUUCAACGCCAACCAGUCAAACUGGUUCUCACAGAUCACUUACGACUUCACUACAAAGCAUCAAAUUCACAAACUUCACCCGUAAUCGAACACUACAUACUGAAAAUCCAUCUGGGUUCCUCAGCAAUCGCACUGGUGGUUUUUAUAGAGCAAUUCACGAUGGCCUAGGAAAAACCCAAGUGCCUGAUGAGGCCAGUGACAAAAUCCCAGGUGCAAAUAACCGCGAAAUCACCGAAGAUGCUGAAAGAAUCUGUAGAAUACUGUCCACCAGCAACUCUAAAUCCCCCAUCUAUAGCUUUCUCGAUGGUGCUUCAGUUGAGGUGUCGCCGGCACUUGUAGUCGAGGUGUUGAAAAAGCUCAGCAAUGCCGGCGUUCUUGCGCUCUCGUUUUUCCAGUGGGCAGAGAAGCAAAAAGGGUUUAAGCAUACUAUGGAGAGCUACAAUGCUUUGAUUGAAGCUCUGGGUAAGAUCAAACAGUUCAAGAUGAUAUGGGAAUUGGUGAAUGACAUGAAGAGUAAAGGGCUGUUGAGUAAGGAGACUUUUGCUUUGAUUUCGCGAAGAUAUUCGAGGGCCAAAAAGGUUAAGGAAGCGAUAGAGACGUUCGAAAAGAUGGAGAAGUUUGGAAUGAAGGUAGAAGGGUCGGAUUUCAAUAGACUGAUUGAUACUUUAAGCAAGUCGAGGCAGGUUGAGAAAGCACAGGAGGUGUUUGAUAAAAUGAAGCACACAAGGUUUAAACCCGAUAUUAAGUCGUACACUAUUUUGUUAGAAGGAUGGGGUCAAGAACAGAACUUUUUGAGGUUGAAUGAAGUUUAUAGAGAAAUGAAGGACGAGGGGUUCGACCCGGAUGUUGUGACUUGUGGUAUUCUGAUCAAUGCGCAUUGUAAAGCUAAGAAGUAUGAUGAAGCCAUUGAUUUGUUUCGUGAGAUGGAAGCAAAGAAUGUCAAGGCUACACCUCAUAUUUUCUGUAUUUUGAUUAAUGGGUUGGGUUCUGAAAGGAGGUUGAGUGAAGCCCUUGAGUUUUUUGAACUAAACAAAGCAAGUGGUUUCGAGCCGGAGGCACCCACAUAUAAUGCUCUUGUUGGGGCUUACUGCUGGUCAAUGCGGAUGCAUGAUGCGUUUAGGGUGGUGGAGGAGAUGAGGAAAGGUGGGAUUGGUCCCAAUCCUCGAACUUAUGAUAUAAUCUUACAUCACUUGGUAAAGGCUCGAAGAACAGAACAAGCUUACUCCGUUUUCCAGCAAAUCAGUAGGGAGCCUGGCUGUGAGCCAACAGUAAGUACGUAUGAAAUCCUAGUGAGGAUGUUUUGUAACGAGGAUCAAGUGGAUAUGGCAUUACGGGUUUGGGAUCAGAUGAAGACUAAAGGCGUCCUGCCAGGAAUGCACAUGUUCUCCACAUUGAUUAACAGCUUGUGCCAUGAGAAUAAGUUAGAUGACGCUUGCAAGUACUUUCAAGAGAUGUUGGACGUGGGCAUUCGACCUCCAGCGCAGAUGUUUAGUAAUUUGAAACAAGCCCUUCUCAAUGAGGGGAGAAAGGAUGAUGUAAUAAGUCUUGGUCUGAAGAUUGACAGACUGAGAAAAACACCAUUAGUUGGUUUGCGCUAA